CAAAAAAUUGUCAAAAAAAUGUUGUUAAAGAAACUUUUUCAUUUUAGUAUCUUAAACAACACCUAUAAACCUUUAACUCUUUGUUCACUUGCCAUAGAAAUUCAUAAUGGAUCAUAAUUUGAUCUCAUUCUUACCAAUUUUUCUAUAUUCAUUGAGUUUCAUACUUAUUGUUUCACAGUUUCUAAAAGUGAGAAACAGAUCCAAAAACUCAGUGAAAACAUUGAAGCUUCCCCCAGGGCCAUGGAAGCUACCUAUCAUUGGAAGCUUACAUCAUUUAGUUGGCUCUCAAUCUUAUCAUCGCUUCAGAGAACUAGCCCAAAAGCAUGGUCCUCUUAUGCACCUACAACUUGGUGAGGUAUCAACCGUUGUGGUUUCUUCUCCAGAACUGGCCAAAGAUGUCCUGAAAACCUAUGAUGCCAUAUUUGCACAAAGACCCCAUCAUAUUGGUGCAGAUAUCGUGUGUUACGGUUCCACUGACAUUGUCACCUCAAAUGGGGGGUACUGGAAGCAGCUAAGAAGAAUAUGCUCACAAGAGCUUCUAAGCAACACACGUGUGAGGUCAUUUCGAUCAAUAAGAGAAGAAGAAGUGUUGAAUUUAGUAAGAUAUAUUGAGACCAACACUGGUUCUUGUGUGAACCUCAGUGAGAAAGUCUCAUGCCUGACAAGUGCCGUCACUGCAAGGGCAGCUUUUGGUGAAAAAUGCAAGGAUCAAGAAGAGUUCAUUUCCCUUGUCAAGAAACUUGUGAAAAUUGCCGAAAGUUUAGUUAUUCUUCACUUGUUCCCUUCUCACAAAUGGCUUCAUGUCAUCGGUGGACAGAAACCUAAACUGGAAGAGUUGCAUAGAAAAUAUGACGAAAUAAUUGGAAACAUCAUUAGAGAGACCGAAAAAAAUAUUGGUGAUGUAGAGGGUAAUAGUCUCCUUUCUGUUCUUCUAAAUGUUAGAAAUCAAGGUUCCCUCGAAUAUCCUUUGACAAUCGACAACAUCAAGGCUGUAAUGUUGAACAUUUUUGGGGGUGGAACUGAUACAUCAACUGCAACUAUAGAAUGGGCAAUGUCAGAGAUGCUGAAAAAUCCAAAAGUAAUGGCCAAAGCUCAAGAAGAAGUUAGAGGAGUUUUUGGUAGCAAAGGAUACAGCAACGAAGAAUCACUUGAGGAACUAAAAUAUUUGAAAGCAGUGAUAAAAGAAACAAUGAGAUUGCACCCUCCUUUCCCUCUUCUUCAUCCAAGAGAAUGUAGAGAAACUUGUGAGGUAAAAGGUUAUAUGAUACCUGCUGGGACCCAAGUGAUGGUAAAUGCAUGGGCAAUUGGAAGAGACCCUGAUUAUUGGAAUGAUCCAGAAAAGUUUAAUCCUGAGAGAUUCAUUGAUAGUCCAAUUGAUUAUAAAGGUUCCCAUCAUGAAUUCAUUCCCUUUGGCGCUGGAAGGAGAAUAUGCCCUGGCAUUUCUUUUGGGGUAAUUACUAUUGAACUUUGUCUUGCACAAUUACUUUACUAUUUUAAUUGGAAACUUCCAAUUGGAGACAAAGAAAACCUGGAAAUGGCUGAAGCUUUGGGAGCCUUCUCGAGAAGGAAAACAGAUCUAGUCUUAGUUCCUGUUUCUCAUAAUCCUCCUCCUAUUUCAUCAAACCUAAAUUAA